ACUUGUUACUGCCAUCCCAUUAUAACAAUCAAGCAAGGUGCAUACGGGUCGCACUCGGAGUGAAGACAGAAAGCUUGUUUUGAAGACUCGUCUAGUUCGGUCGUUACCUUUCAUCUCAGCUAGCCGGUCUGUUGUGUUCCAGAGCGACAGAAUACCCCAGCCGAGACGUAGUUUGAAUUUGAAGUGACGCUCUAGUUUCCAAACGUAGGCCACUGAUGACAGAUUUUAUUUUGUGUUUUUGUUCAAUUUGAGUGUAUGCAGAACCAGACAGAAGUACCCUGCCCUCAGGGUGAAACGUAUGAACGACUGAGAGAAUAUUCGGUCCGUCUUUUGCAACAGUUAUAUCAACACAGGAUGGACACCUUAGUCAACAGACUCGCCGAUACCCGCGGCCCAGACAGCCCGGUGUCCGAUGACGAUCACUCCGAAACAUUUCCCGACACGGAUAUAGAGGAGAGUGAGAAGAUUCCCAAGGAGGGGAGAGAGUCGGACACUCCCACACCCACCCCUAGUCCCGGGGGGUCACGUCACACACCCUCACCCCACAGGGCGGAAUCUCCGGAUGAGCCGAAAGUUCAAACGACAUCGUUUAGGGUGGCAGAUAUUCUCGACCCCAGCAAAUUCACCGGCACUACAAAAUCCCGGGUGUGGCAUCCGUGGAGGGACGAGAGCUCCUGUGACCCCAGUCAACUGGAUGACCUCACACAUAGCUCAGGUUCACCUCACGACGAUGAUCUCUUGUCACGUGACCAUGGCGGCGACUCUGACGACAACGACAUCAUGGACGGUGAUGACAAAUGUGAUGACGACGAUGAUAAUGACGAUAAGGACCGAGAAAGACGUCGUAAUAAGUCGUCGUCAUCUGACGGUGGAAAGGCAGGGAAACCAAGACGGGCGCGAACAGCCUUCACUUAUGAACAAUUGGUGGCCCUGGAAAACAAGUUCAAAACGACUCGCUAUCUGUCAGUGUGCGAGCGACUCAACUUGGCCCUGUCCUUGAACCUCACUGAAACUCAGGUCAAAAUCUGGUUCCAGAACAGAAGAACAAAAUGGAAGAAGCAGAACCCAGGUUUGGAUGUGAACAGUCCUACAAUUCCUCCCUCAUCUGGAAGUAUGAGCACUUUUUCGUCACCUUACUCUGCCAGCAUGUUGUACGGCCAAGGCCUCCAUCCAUACCUCCCAAAUCACAAUAUAUUAGGGCAUCUUGGACUAUUCAGAGCGCACGCGUCAUAUCCCGGACAGGCGCAUUCGAUAUACUACCCCUACUUUAGCCAAACCACGUGAUACGAAUCACGUUAUACGACAUGGUGAAAAGUUUGCGUCAGAAUGACGUGAAAUGUAUUACCACUCGUGGUAGACGUCCUGUCUCAGAAUGACAUCAUAAACGGAUAUGACGUCACACCUAAUUUAUUGACGUCAUAAAUGACGUCAUCGGGAAGAAAUAGUGCUGGAGAGUCCUACAUACUCUUAUAUUGAACUGUGCCAAUAGACACCUCUCCCAGGAACACAAUUGCCAGAAACACGAGUCAGAACAACAGAAAAGGAAGACUUCGGUCCGUUGCCAUAUAGCCGUCAUUGAGACACCGUGUCCACAUUGUUCGUCGUUGUCAGUUUCGACGGAGAUGCUGCUGCAGGUGCAAUGAUGGAAGAUGAUUCUGGCACAGAUGUCCGCCCUGGGGACGUGGUUAGGUUGUUACUGACGACGAAGUGACCUCAUUCAUAACUAUUCUUCUGUACAUAUAUGGCUGUGGUGAAAUUAGAUGUAUAUAUAUAUAUAUAUAUAUAUCUGUAUAUAUAUAUAUAUACAUAUAUAUAUACAUAUAUAUAUAUACAUCAAAGGUGCAAAAAUAAAUA